AUCCUCCACCAUACAACAACUGCCACGCGGGAUGGUUAAUGUGUUCUGGCUAUACAUUGGUCUUCUCGAGUGUGUUGUCUUCCAAGGUUGGCGUCAACACUAAUAAGCUCCAACUCCACCACCUCUGAUGUCCAAUGGGAAGUAACUUCUACUGGUCCCGACUAUCAAGGCUCACAAACGCGCCACGUUGAACUGUGUGGCGCUUUUACACCCUUUGUUUUGGCGGUUACUACCCGAAUAAAUACCCUAUAGAUGUCCCCUACCCCUACCUUCCCCCCAGAUACCAGCUAAAACAGUACCUUCUCAUUAUGAAACUCGCUACAUUCUUUGUCUUCGCCUCUGCCUUCUCCCUCGCUUUUGCCGAGCCUAUUCUGGGUACCGUGCCAACAUUCAUCGGUGCAAUAACUCAUCCAACGUUCAUCACUACUUCCCCAGUUGCCAGACAGUGCAUAGAUGUCUGCUGCACGAUCGUCUCCACUGUUUUUGGACCUCCUGCUUGGUACUGUAACCCAGGGACUUCUUGGUGUGUCUCGCUACGUUGAUCAAGGUACAAAUGCUACUUAUGAGUUUCCCAUCUAUAGCUCCAGUGACCAGAUUGCUACGUGUUGUGCCCAGACGAGUAACGGGUGGAAUUGUCCAUGAAUAUCUUACAUCGCGAGUUGCAGUUACUGGUGAUGUAGGUUUCCAGACACGAGGGUGUACCUUUACAUCGAUGGUUUUCGCGAUUACUGCUUGAAUAAAUACUUGCC